ACCACUAGGAAAAUGAAUCUGAGCCGUUUAUCUGAUCAUCUCUUAGGUCACUCACAGUUCUAGGGUUUAUAUAUCAGUCUCCCCCAUCCCUGUAAUUCAGUAGCCGUUUCUUCUUCUUCUUUCACUUCCUUCUCGCACCCCAGCUUCAGCAAUGGCCUUUGUGAAGGCUCAUAAGACCAGGGCUUACUUCAAGAGGUUCCAGGUCAAGUACAAGAGAAGAAGAGAGGGGAAGACCGAUUACAGGGCAAGGAUUCGAUUGAUUAACCAGGAUAAGAACAAGUACAACACUCCAAAGUAUCGCUUUGUUGUGAGAUUUACUAACAAGGAUAUCAUUGCACAAAUAGUAUCAGCCAGUAUUAUCGGUGAUUCAGUUCUUGCUUCAGCAUAUGCCCAUGAGUUACCUAUGUAUGGGCUUGAAGUAGGUCUUACAAACUAUGCUGCAGCUUAUUGCACUGGACUUCUCUUGGCCCGCCGUGUCUUGAAGAAGCUUGAGAUGGAUGAUGAGUAUGAAGGAAAUGUGGAGGCUACUGGAGAGGAUUACUCUGUUGAGCAAGGUGACGGCAGGAGGCCAUUCCGUGCUUUUCUGGAUGUUGGGCUGGUUAGAACUACAACUGGUAACCGUGUUUUUGGUGCUCUAAAGGGAGCUUUGGAUGGUGGGCUGGACAUUCCUCACAGCGACAAAAGGUUUGCUGGCUUCUCAAAGGACAGUAAACAGCUUGAUGCUGAGCUGCACCGAAAGUAUAUCUAUGGUGGUCAUGUUGCUUCAUACAUGAGAACUUUGAUGGAAGAUGAACCAGAGAAGUAUCAGUCUCACUUUAGUGAAUACAUCAAGAAAGGAAUUGAUGCAGAUGGCCUGGAGGCACUGUACAAGAAGGUACAUGCUGCUAUCCGUGCAGAUCCUACUGCCAAGAAAUCAGCAAAGCAGCCUCCCAAGGAGCACAAGAGGUAUAACUUGAAAAAACUCACAUACGAGGAGAGGAAGGCAAAAUUGAUAGAAAGAUUGCAAGCCCUCAACUCUGCUGUUGAUGAGGACGAUGAUGAGUGAAAAGUGUAGGCCUGUUUAAGCUAAAAUAUUGUGAAUCACUUAUAUUAAGUAUUACACAUUUUGCUUUCAUGCAGUUAGAACCAAAUUGUUUUCUCAAGUUAUUUUUGUCCUUAUUUCGCAUUUUGCAGCUUGGAGAUUUCAUGUUAGAUUAUAACGGUGUUUUGAAUAUUCUUUAGCUUGGUAUGAAAUGAAGUUUCAGUUUUGUUUAGUAUCAAAAA